UCUUGAGUUGUUUACAUUGACUGAUUGAACUGAAGAUCCAAAAAACAACACCAUGUUAACGUGAAACUUCAUUAUUAAAUCUUCACGCUUAGGUCGACAUUAUUGUUGGACCCUACUUUGUGUUGUCGAGAUAUCCAACAACAACAACAACAAGAAAGUAACGUGCAACUUUUAGUGUAAUUUUUGUUGCUACUAGAAAAAAGAUGGUUGGCCGGAGGAAGAGAAAAUCUGACACUACCGAACCAGGAAAAACUUGGCCUUGCUCAACUACUGAAAAAAGGCGGUUGCGGCAACGUAAAUUGAAUGUGCCUCUAGAUACUGAUAGUGAAUCUGAUAAUGAUGUUUUUAAAGUGAAAAAAACAAGAUUCAAACAUAAAGAAGCAACUAAUGCUGAAGAACUUUCUUCUGCUGGAUGCAAAAUGUGCAUGCUCUCUGAAGAUGAUUCGAGCAGUUCUUCUGACGACACAAAACAAACCAAUUUAAAUUCCAAAUCAUCAAAAAGUUUGGAAACUCAGUCUGCUCUAAAUUCAUUAGAUACUGAAGUUAAAACAGAUAAUACAAUUGUAGAGCCGUCAGAAUAUUAUGAUUUUUCAUCUAUAAUUAAAUCUCAACAAGAACUAAAGAAAAUCGAACAAAAGUUAAAAAAUACAGAUGACAAUAAUGAAAACAAAAAAACCUUUUUAAACGAUGAUGAAUGUUCAGAUUCUGAAAAUAUUUCUGAAAUUUUAAAAUUAUGUGAAAAAAACACGAAUACUUCUCAAAGUGAUUGUUUUACUAGGAACGAAAAUAAGGAAAGUGAAGUAUCUUCCGAACUCCCUUCACAAGUUGAAAUUAUAAUUAAACAAUCCGAUCAACCAACUAAAAAUUGCAGAAGGCAACAACAGCUUGAGGCGUAUGUUAAAAAGGCAUUCAAUAAUGAAAGAAGAUCUUUACAGGUUGUAAUACACAAAGUUAAUCUUUUAUGCCUUCUUGCAAAUGGGUUUUAUUGUAACAGUGUAGCAAACAGUGAAGAAAUUUUAGCUUUAAAUUUGUCCAUACUGCCUUCUGACAAAUUUUAUCCUCCGGAAGUUGUAACCAGUUCUUAUGUACUGCAAUUAUUAAAUUGGUUUCAUAAAAACAUGCAGGUAAAUGUAGACAAACUGAUUGAAAAAAAAUUUUCUCUAAAAGAAAUUAUAAUAAAACUCUUCCCAUCAAAAGAAACCAAUAGUAACAAGAACUUGGUAAUUAUAUUUGUUUCACUUACUAGAGUUUUGGGUAUGAAGAGUAGAGUACUGUUCUCUUUGCAACCUGUUCCUUUACGGCCUCCUACUGUACAAUUAAUGAAAACUAAUUCUAAAAAUAAUGAAAAUGCUUGUAGUACUGAAGAAAGUAGUGGAGAUAGUGAUUUUGUAGAAGUUUCAGAGAGUUCUUCAGCCAAAUCAAUAUCUGAAAAUUCUCUAGGUUCAACAAGUCAAAAACAAAACAGCAAACAAACAAAUAAAAAAAAAUGUGUCGUUGAAAACGGUAAAAAAACCCAAACUAAAUCAAAAGGAAAGAAUGUAAAAACAGCAAAAGAUAGUAAAAAUACGAGUAAAUCGUCAAAGAAAAGUAAAAUUGAUCGUAGGGUGCUAUCCUCUGAUGAAGAAAGUUCAUCGCAUUCAUCUAAUAAAAAACAAGUCAAUGGCGUGGAUGUAUGGGCUGAAGUUUACGUCGAAGCUGAAAAUAAAUGGAUCAGUGUUGAUGUUGUGCGUAAUGAUAUAGACUGUGUUACUAAAAUAUCUUCAGGAUGUACAAAACCAAUCACAUAUGUAAUCUCAUGGGAUAACAAUGAUUGUAUUAAAGACUUAACAAGAAGAUAUGCUCCUCAAUGGUUAACCAGCACUCAGAAGCUUAGAGUCGAUCCCCAGUGGUGGCAAAAAUCAAUUGAACCUUGGGCUCCAAGAAAUACGAAACAUGAGAGAGCUGAAAACAAAGAACUCGAUCGCUUGGUUGAGGAAUGUCCUUUACCAACUUCUAUAUCUGAGUAUAGGGGGCAUCCUUAUUUUGUAUUAUUAAGGCAUUUAAAAAAAUUUGAAGCUAUCUACCCACCAGAUGCCAAACCAUUAGGCUACUGCAAAAAAGAAGCUGUUUACUCGAGACUUUGUGUGAGUGAGUUGCAUGCAAGAGAAACUUGGAUGCGACAAGGUAAAGUAGUACGCCUUAAAGAAGAACCGUAUAAAAUUGUCAAAGCAAGGCCUAAGUAUGAUAAGAUGUCUGGUAAUGUAGUGCGUGAUCUUCCACUGAACCUGUAUGGUUAUUGGCAAGUAGAAGACUAUAUACCUCCAGUUGCCGUUGAUGGUCAGGUUCCUCGAAAUGAGUAUGGAAACGUUGAAUUAUAUAAACCAUCAAUGUUGCCAGGUGGUACUGUUCAUUUACAAAUCCCAGGUGUAAUGAAGAUUGCAAAACGUUUGAAUGUUGAUUGCGCACCAGCAGUUGUAGGAUGGGAUUUUCAUUCUGGUGGAAGCCAUCCUGUGUUUGACGGUGUUGUAGUUUGUCAGGAAUUUCAAGAUAGCAUACUGGAUGCUUGGAACAAGGAAAUUGAUGAAUCUAGUAAACGUUCAAAGGAAAAAAUUAGUAAAAGAGCCAAAGCAAACUGGAAAAAAUUAAUUCGCCUUAUUAUAGUGAAAAAACGCCUUGAUAAAAAAUAUAAUUUUUCAAAGAAAAUUUAAAUUUUUUAAUGCAAGUGUUAAUAAUGGUUCGUUCUUAUCAUUAUAAUUAAUUAAAAUAUAUGUAUAUAUGUAAUAUACAACAUUACUUUGAAAUGAAACUUUUCUUAUAAUAGGUUUUAAGUAAAUUUUAGAACUAAUUGUAGGGUGAUUAAUAUCGUUUAUAUAGUAUAUUUAUGAAUUUGUUAUUGUAAUAAAACUUUUUUACAUGUAAAAACAAAAACUUUUCAGCAAACAACCUAUUACAACUGUACAGCCAUUGAUUAGUUAAGUGAC